AUGGGCGCGACGACGAUGCAAGUCGACGCUGCUAUCCAAGUCGCGGCCGCGGCCCUCACCGAGGAGGCAUUCCAGCCGUACGGCGACGUCAUCAGCAACCCGCGGCCUGACGUCCACCCAUCCGCGUUCUCGUCGCGCUCGGCGUCGCUCCCCGCCAACGCCGUGUCCGCAAACCAAGGCUUCGCCAUCCAAUACCGCAACGUCAGCCGCGUCAGGAACCUCUACGGCCAGUCCCCCAGCGGGAGGGCCGACGCCGUCAUGAGCAUGUUUGUAUGCUCGGCCCGUGGCCUGUCCCCCCUCAGCGCCACCCACGACAAGUUCACCGUGCGCCUGCUCGAGCGGCACCCCUUCACCACGCAGACCUUUGCUCCCGUCGCCUCCUCGGCACGGCGCUACCUCGUCGUCGUGGCGCCCAGUCUGCCUCCCAGCGGGGCCGAUCGGCACCUGCCCGCCCCCGAGGCCGACGGCUUGCCCGGCAGGGGGUUGCCGCACCUCAAGGCGCUCAGGGCCUUUGUGGCCACGGACGCGCAGGCCGUGACGUAUGCGCCCGGGACGUGGCACGCGCCCAUGGUGGCGUUAGGGGCCCCUGGGACCACCUUGGACUUUGUCGUCUCCCAGUUUGCGAGUGGUGUCGCCGUCGAGGACUGCCAGAUUGUUGAAUUGGAGGCGGGGCACCGCGCCGAGGGGGGGCCGAGCCUCGUCGAGGUUGCGGUGCCGAAAUCAAGAUUGGAGAAGCUGUGA